AUGUCUCUACUUCACUGCCCAGACGAGAUUCUCAUCCAAAUUUCCCAGUAUUUGCUGAGAAGACCCGAUUUCAACGCGUUCAUCCAGAUAAGCAGCCGCCUGUACAGCAUCUUCAACGAUGACCUUUAUGGGGAAAACGUCGAAGUCCACGGUAGCAACGCUCUGCUCUGGGCUGCAAAGUGCGGCCAUGCAAAUACCGUAAGGAACAUGCUCUCCAUGGGUGCCAAUACGGAAGUCAAGACGUCCAUGCAGAGGUACACGCCACUCCACCUGGUCGCAGCCCAGGGGUCUCCCAUCAUUGCACAGCACUUACUUGAUUACGGAGCCGACCCAGAAGCGAAGGACAGCAUGUCUCAGACGCCCCUACACAUCGCAGUCAGGUGCGGACAUACCUUGGUGAUGAGAUGUCUCGUUGAAGGCGGCAGCGAGCUCGAUCCAAAGGACAACAUUGGCGACACCCCCCUUUGGAAUCUGUUGAAUAACUCCGAUGCGGACGAUAUCUACGAUACUUUACUUUACUUGAUCUCCAAAGGCGCGGAUCAGGGUGAGAUACAUGUUCGUCGGUCCGAGCCUCGAUGCUCGCUGUCCAAGUUCGUGGAGAUCGAGACCUUUCGGGAUCUCAGGAACCGAUUACGUCGCGACAAUGUCCCAUAA